CGUAAAUAGUUUUGAUAUGGCGCCGACAACAGAGGGUAUGGAUGAAAAAGCUCAAAGAAAUGUCAUAGUUUUUAAUCAGUCAAAAAGUGAAGUGUUCUCUCCUAAUAAUGGAUUGAAGUCAUUAAACAGAAAGCUACGUUCAACAUGGAAGAUUCAAAGCAACAAAUCAGAAAUAACUUCAGAGACAUUAUCUUCAGCGAGUAUAUUUGUAUUAUGUGGUAGCAGAGAAAAAUUCACAGGCUCUGAGUUGGAAUCUAUAAAGCGUUACAUUGAUGGUGGAGGGAGUGUCUUUGUUCUCCUGGGUGAGGGAGGAGAAACACGCUUUGAAACCAACAUUAAUUUCCUUUUGGAGGAAUAUGGAAUCAUGGUGAAUAAUGAUGCGGUAGUGAGAACUUCAUACUACAAAUAUUUUCACCCUAAAGAAGCACUAAUAGCUAAUGGUGUUUUAAACAGGGCAGUAAGCCAGGCUGCAGGGAAGACUUUCUCUAUGGAUGAAGAUGGGAACAAUGCUCAGGCCUUGUCCUUCCUGUAUCCCUAUGGAGCCACCCUGAACGUGAUGAAGCCUGCCACAGCUCUCCUCUCUACAGGCUCUGUAUCCUUCCCCCUCAACAGACCAGUCUGUGCCCUGUAUGAAAACAGGAACCGUGGAAAAUUGGUGGUGUUGGGGUCUAUCCAUAUGUUUAGUGACCAGUACAUAGACAAAGAAGAGAAUAGCAAAGUUCUGGAUGUUCUGAUUCGAGCGUUGACUUCAGAUGAAAUAAAACUGAAUCCUAUUGAUGCGGAGGAUCCAGAGAUCUCAGAUUAUAACAUGCUGCCAGACAUUGCUAAGUUAGCCGGACAAUUAAAGACCUGUCUACAGGAGAGUGAUGAUGUACCCAGAGACAUCACAAUGUUGUUUGACAACUCCUUAUUCAAACUGGACACCAGCCUUGUCCCCAAAGCCAUCAAGGCAUUUGAACAGCUGAAUGUGAAGCACGAGCCUCUCACCCUUAUAACCCCCCAGUUUGAAACUCCCCUACCCCCAUUACAGCCAGCCGUGUUCCCUCCUCAGUUUAGAGAAUUGGAACCUCCCAAACUAGACCUGUUUGAUCUUGAUGAACAGUUCUCUUCAGAAAAAGUUAGAAUAGCUCAGCAAACAAACAAAUGCACUGAUGAUGAUUUGGAGUACUAUGUUAGAGAAUGUGGUGAUAUCCUUGGCGUUACUUCUAAUUUACCACAGGAUUCAAGAGAUGCAAAACAUGUAUUAGAAUACAUCUUCACUCAGGUUGUGGAAUUCAAGAAAUUGAAUCAGGAACAGGAUUACGACACCACUCAGUUUGGAGGAGGCGGAGGCUACGAUCAAUAUUAAUAGUUUAAAUCGACCUGACACAUCUGGAGUGACUUAUAUUUUUAUUGAUGACAUGCCAGCUCAGACUCCUGCUGUAAUGUUGACUAUCUGUGAUAACUCUGGUUGUGUGAUGAUAAUCUGGUUGUGUCAUUUUGUGCUACAAUCCACAGAAAUUAGAUCUGACAGUUUAACUUAUGCUCUGGAAUAUCCUAAUGACUAGAAUAUUUUCAAAGUUCCAAACUUUCAUUUCAUUACAAUAGUAUGAUGUUUGUGAGAACAACUGGUAGAAUUAUGACUUGAAAUUUCAUGCGAGUUAAAUAAAAUGAAGACCUUC